UUUCCUAUUUUCUUUCGCAAGAAGAAGAAUUGCCUGAAAGACUGUAUCAUUCGAUAUGGGUAAUGAACCGGGACCGAGUGGACAACCCGAUUCUACUACAACGGCUAAUUCCUCUUCCGGCAACAAUGAACUUCGACGGUUUCCUCCGGCGGCUCAGCCGGAAAUUAUGAGAGCGGCGGAGAAAGAUGACCAGUAUGCUUCUUAUGUAUACGAUGCUUGUCGCGACGCUUUUCGUCACCUAUUUGGUACCAGAGUAGCCGUUUCUUAUCAGAGUGAGACGAAGCUUCUAGGGCAGAUGCUGUACUAUGUAUUAACAACAGGUUCUGGUCAACAAACCCUAGGCGAAGAGUACUGUGACAUUACUCAGGUCUCUGGUCCUCAUGGCUUACCUCCAACACCGGCGAGACGAGCUCUGUUUAUUUUGUAUCAGACUGCUGUUCCUUACAUGGCGGAAAGAAUUAGCUCAAGAGUAGCUUCACGCGGCAUGACUUUGUUUGAUGAGUCCUACGAAGGCAACAUUGCUUCUGAGAGCAGUGAGAGUCAAUCUUCCGUAAUGAUUGACUUACAAUCUCCCUCUGCGUCAGGAGCUUCUGUUUCUCUUGUUGCUAGGUUGAGGCGGAAUAUUAGUGGACUUUGGCUAAAUGCAGUUCGAAGAUGGCCUACGGUGCUUCCAGCAGUUCGUGAAUUUCUGCAACUGCUUCUUCGUACAAACCUCAUGUUUUUCUAUUUCGAAGGACUAUAUUAUCAUAUAUCGAAACGUGCAUCUGGCAUUCGUUAUGAUUUCAUUGGGAAACCCUCAAACCAAAGGCCUAGAUACCAAAUUUUGGGAGUCUUCCUUCUAAUUCAGCUAUGCGUCAUUGCUGCUGAAGGUUUGCGGCGAAGCAAUUUAUCAUCUCUGGCACGUUCAGUUCACCAGCCUUCCUCGGAUUCCCAACGAAGCUCAGGACAAGGUUUGCCUGUCUUAAAUGAAGAAGGUAAUUUGAUACCUGUGGAUGCUGUAAGGGGGAAUUGGGUGUCAGAUCCCGCAUCAACUUCAGAGUCUUCUGGAGUAAGUGGGACGAGCAAGUGCACACUUUGUUUGAGCAAUCGGCAGUAUCCAACUGCGACAGCCUGUGGCCAUGUCUUUUGCUGGAAUUGCAUAAUGGAAUGGUGUAACGAAAAACCAGAGUGCCCUUUAUGCCGAACCCCUAUGACUCAUUCAAGCUUGGUUUGUUUAUAUCAUUCAGAUUUCUAGCAAUUUGAGAAAGAUGGAGUUCGGAUUUUGGUGAACUGACAUGAGGUGCUAUAAUUUAAUUUAGCAGCCAAUGAGCAGUUAUCUCCGACAAUCCAAUCCGAAAGAUUUUGAGGUCUGUCUCUUAAUGUGGCAAUAGUUUAGCUUUUGAACAGAAUAAGUUAUUCAUACCGGUGGGUCGACUGCAUUGCAGAAGCAUGAAGAUCAAUAGUUCAUGUGCCUUAAUAGGCUAAUACUAAAUUAAUUGUAUCACAAAUGUAAAACUUAAUAGAUCGCAUAUACCCAACAUGAAAAGGUGAAAGUUCAAGAUAUUGAUUAGCAUUCCUUAUUAGUAAAAUGUUUGUAGUUCAAUCUAGUAAAUCCAAUAGCACAUUUCAGUUGAUUAGAUAAA